AUGUGGACUGGUGUGGACGUCCCAGUGUCUGUGCAGUCCAUGGUGUUGCUGCUGCACAGCCAGCACCAGUACAUCUUUGACUUUGACUCCGGGGACCGUCUGUCCGCGGUCACCAUGCCCAGCGUGGCUCGACACACCAUGCAGACCCUCCGAUCCAUAGGGUACUACAGGAACAUCUACAACCCCCCAGAGAGCAACGCCUCUGUGACUGUGGACUACUCUGAAGAUGGACAGCUCCUCCGAAUUGCCCAUCUAGGCACGGGCCGCCGUAUACUGUACAAAUAUCGCAGACAGAACAAGCUGGCAGAGAUCCUCUAUGACUCCACUCGGGUCAGUUUCACGUAUGAUGAGACAGCUGGUGUUCUUAAGACCGUCAACCUGCAGAGCGAAGGCUUCAUCUGCUCCAUCAGGUACCGGCAGAUCGGCCCUCUGGUCGACCGGCAAAUCUUCCGCUUCAGCGAGGACGGCAUGGUGAACGCUCGCUUCGACUACACGUACGACAACAGCUUCAGAGUGACCAGCAUGCAGGCUGUGAUCAACGAGACGCCGCUGCCCAUCGACCUGUAUCAGUUUGAUGAUAUAUCUGGGAAGGUGGAGCAGUUUGGGAAGUUUGGAGUCAUCUAUUAUGAUAUCAAUCAGAUCAUCUCCACAGCAGUGAUGACAUACACCAAACACUUCGACCAGCACGGCCGCAUCAAGGAGAUCCAGUAUGAGAUCUUCAGGUCUCUGAUGUACUGGAUCACCAUUCAGUACGACAACAUGGGCCGAGUCACCAAGCGGGAGAUCAAGAUUGGACCAUUUGCCAACACAACCAAAUAUGGAUACGAGUAUGACGUUGAUGGACAGCUACAGACGGUCUCCCUCAACGAGAAGAUGAUGUGGAGAUAUAAUUAUGACCUGAAUGGGAACCUGCAUUUGCUGAACCCGGGCAACAGUGGUCGUCUGACCCCGCUACGCUACGACCUGAGGGACAGAAUCACCCGUCUGGGAGAUGUUCAGUACCGGAUGGAUGAAGACGGCUUCCUGAGGCAGAGAGGAGCUGAGAUAUUUGAAUACAACUCCAAAGGGCUCCUAGUUCGUGUGUACAGUAAAGCGGCCAGCUGGACCAUCCAGUACCGGUAUGAUGGUCUUGGUCGGCGAGUGGCGUCCAGAAACAGUCUGGGCCAACACCUUCAGUUCUUCUACGCUGACCUGAACUACCCCACCAGGAUCACCCACGUCUACAACCACUCCAGCUCCGAGAUCACAUCCUUUUACUACGAUCUGCAGGGCCAUGUGUUUGCCAUGGAGAUCAGCAGUGGAGAGGAGUUCUACAUUGCCUGUGAUAACACUGGGACCCCGCUGGCUGUCUUCAGCAGCAAUGGACUAUUACUUAAACAGGUGCAGUACACGGCGUAUGGGGAGGUGUACUUUGAUUCCAACCCAGACUUUGUGUUGGUGAUUGGUUUCCACGGAGGUCUGUAUGAUCCUCUCACACGGCUGCUGCACUUCGGAGACAGAGACUACGACAUCCCUGCUGGAAGGUGGACCACUCCUGACAUCAGCACAUGGACACGUGUUGGUAAAGACCCCCAGCCCUUCAACCUCUACAUGUUCAGAGGCAACAACCCCAUCAGCAAGAUUCACCAGGUCAAAGAGUAUGUCACAGAUGUCAAUAUCUGGUUGGUUACGUUUGGAUUCCAUCUCCACAACGCAAUCCCAGGGUACCCCAUUCCUAAAUUUGACCUGACGCAGCCGUCACUGGAGAUGAAGAAGAGCCAGCUGUGGGACGACCUGCCUUCCAUCUCGGGGGUCCAGCAGGAGGUGACCCGUCAGUCUCAGGCCUUCCUGUCCUUUGAGCGGAUGCCAGAAAUCCAGCUGAGUCGGCGGCACUCAGACCACACCAAACCCUGGCUGUGGUUUGCCACCGUCAGGUCUCUGAUCGGCAGGGGAGUGAUGCUCGCUGUGAUCCAAGGCCGCGUGGUGACCAACGCCCUCAACAUUGCCAAUGAGGACUGCAUCAAGGUGGCUGCAGUCUUAAACAACGCCUUCUACCUUGAAGACCUGCACUACACCGUGGAGGGCCGGGACACACACUACUUCAUCAAGACCAGCCUGCCGGAGAACGACCUCAGCGCACUGCGGCUCACAUCAGGCAGGAAGUCGCUGGAGAACGGUGUGAAUGUCACGGUGUCGCAGUCCACCACGGUGAUGAACGGGAGGACGCGGCGCUUUGCUGACGUGGAGCUGCAGUACGGCUCUCUGGUGCUCCACGUGCGCUACGGCACCACGCUGGACGAGGAGAAGGCUCGGAUCCUGGAGCAGGCCCGGCAGAGGGCGCUGUCGAGCGCCUGGGCCCGCGAGCAACAGCGGGUCAGAGACGGAGAGGAGGGGGUCCGGCUGUGGACGGAGGGAGAGAAACGGCAGCUGCUGAGCAGCGGGAAGGUUUUAGGGUUCGACGGAUACUACGUGUUGUCCAUAGAGCAGUACCCUGAGCUAGCUGACAGUGCUAACAACAUGCAGUUCCUACGGCAGAGUGAGAUAGGGAGGAGGUAACACGGCUCACAAUGUCUCAUUUCUACCCCACUAUGACUGUCAGACUAACAAAAAGUGAAAAGAAAGGAUUUAUAGUGAAGAUCAUUAUGGAACAUAAUGAAACUACAGAUGUGAUGGUUUAAAACUGUCGUCAUGAGGCUGCAGGAAAGUUCAGUCUUUUGCCUUUUCCCUCUUUCUUUUUAUUUCUAAAUUUUCUUUCUUUUUAUCCGUCGCCCUGUUGUCUGCCUUUAAACAGCCUGCACGCAUGCCCCUCCCCCUCUCUCUGGUAGGCGGGACUAACCUGAUUCAUAUAAUCGUGUGCGUCUAGCUGUGAACCUGUGGGAUGUCGAGACUUGUUUAAUUAGCCAACAGAGCAUUUCCACAGCCGUCACAGCUAGGUGAGCUCUAAGCAUUUAGACAGUUGUAACUGUCAGCAGUCCGCAGAACAAUGUGCUCGCUCACAGAUGUUGCAGGCUUCUCAUCUGUGAGCCGUCCAUGGGUUAAUGACCUCUGUGAGCCGUGUCUACAGGAUCUCUUGUUCCAUGGCUGAAGGAGCUGGAACUGCUGUUGAACUGAUGUGGACUCUCUAAGACAGACUGGCACAAAAAAAAGACUACAAUUUGUACGAAGGAGACUUAUUUUCUGUUUGGAUUUUUGUUUUGUUUUUAUAUAUUAACUUGCAUUUGCUUCAGACAAAAAGGGGAUUCAAAAAUGAACAAAAAAUGUUUACAUACUAUUACCUAUACCACUAUUACUACUCUUAUUACACCACCAUCACCGCCACCACUGGAAUGGACCAUGAUCUGAACUGAACAAAACUUUAAGUUGUGUUUUUGUUUCCUCCUUAUCUAUUAUCUAUUGGUCAGUUUGAACCACUCCUUCUCAUCCCCUGUCCUCUUACAAAGUCUAUAAAAAUGUACAGUUUCAGACUACAAUCAGCAGCGGUCUAUGAGGAAACAGGGCCAGCUCGGCUGUUUCUGAUUAGUUGUGGACCCUCAGUCGGGGGUCCUUCACUUCUGCAGAAUGGGACUCAGCCUCAUAAUGCAUCGACCUUGUGCUUUUAUCGGUCAAAGGUAGUAGUAAUGCUUGCAAUAGAAACAUGUUAUCAUGGCUUUGGGGGAGGGUUGCUGUGAGUAGGAACUAAGUGUUGCUUCUCUCCUCGUUUUUGCUGGUUUCUCCUUAAAGGGACAGUGCAUUGCCAUCAGUGACUUUAAUGAGUAACAGUGAUAGAUCAAAAAUCGAUGUGGAUGUUUUCUCAUUGAUUGUGGGUCUCUCUACUCUUAUCUGGAGUUUUCUUUGUGUGUAUGUGUGUUUACAAGGUUGGGACGGCAUCUUUAAUAAUUUUAAAGGAAAGAACAGGAACUUCACGCAGCGUUAACGUCAUAUGCCACCAAUCUUUUUUCAAGACAAGUUGAAAAUGUUUUUUAUUUUAAAGCUUGAGAAAUUCCACUUAUCCGUGCAUCAAUAUUAGUCUCAGAGAAAGUAAUUUAUGUACAGUGUUUCUACGGUAAAGAAUAAAAUUCCUUGAAACUACAA